AGGGCUCUUUCCCGUUUCCGGGAAUGAAUCAGGUGGCGACUCGACUGGACGUGUUCAUAGCCCUUUACGUGCUCUUCAGCUGGUGCCAUGGAGGAAUUACAAAUAUAAACUGCGCUGGCAACGUGUGGGUAGAACCAGCCACAGUUUUUAAAAUGGGUAUGAAUAUCUCUAUAUAUUGCCAAGCAGCCAUUAAGAACUGCCAACCGAGGAAACUUCAUUUUUAUAAAAAUGGCAUCAGAGAAAUAUCUCACACCUCGAGGCUCAACAAAACAACAGCUCAUCAGUGGUACAAGAACUUUCUGGAACCCCGCGCCCUCGUGUACUGCACUGCAGAGUGUCCCGGACGUGCGAAGGAGACGCUGGUGUGUGGAGAGAACAUUUCUUCUGGAUAUCCUCCGGACGCCCCCGAGGAGGUGACCUGUGUUUUCCGCGAGUCCUCGGCCCACCUGAUGUGCAGCUGGGCCCCGGGCAGGCCCACCCAUCUGGACACAGAGUUCCAGGUGCGCGUGCAGAGUUUGGAGACAGGAGAAGAGCGACGGUAUCGCCCCUUGAGAUGCCCCAUGGACAUCUCUGUGGAUGCACUGCCGGCAGGCAGGAAGUACCGGGUUUGGGUCCAGGCUGCGAACGCACUCGGCAUGGAGGAGUCUAAACCCUUGCAAGUUUACCUGGAAGACGUAGUGAUCCCGGCCGCGUCCGUCAUCUCCGGGGCCGAGACCCUGAACGCCACAGCUCCCAGAACCGUCGUUCACUGGCACAGCGACACGGCGCUGGAGGCGGUGUCCUGCGAGCUGCGGCACAAGGCUGCCGCCAACCACACGUGGACGGUUACAGAAUUGGACACCAACAUCACGUAUGCACAACAGUCCGAAUUCUUCUUGGAGCCAGAUCUUAGUUACGUGUUUCAAGUGAGGUGUCGAGGAACAGGGAAGAGGUUCUGGCAGCCCUGGAGCGCACCCUUUUACCACAAAACACCUGCGACAGCCCCCCAGGUCACCCCGCGGCCCCUGCAGCGUGGCGCUCGGGACUCAGACUCCGGGCUCCUGGUCGCUUCCGUCUUACAGAGUCACCUGACUUCCGACAACAGGCAAGAUGUUGGACUUUUAUCCGGAAUGCUCUUCUUCGCCGUCACGCUGUCAAUCCUUUCUUUGAUCGGGAUAUUUAACAGAUCGCUGCGAACCGGAAUUACAAGAAAAAUCUUACUGCUGAUACCCAGGUGGCUUCAUGAACAGAUCCCUAACAUAGAGAACAGUAACGUUGUGAAAAUGCUACAGGAAAAAAAUGAAUUUGUUAAUAAUAAUUCCAGUGAACAAGUCCUUUAUGUUGAUCCUGUGAUUACAGAGAUAAUAGAAAUUUCCCCCUCAGAAGACCACAAGCCCGCAGAUUACAGGAAGGAAAUGAAAACAGGAGCCCAGGACAUGAAAGCAUCACUGUUCACCAAGAGCAAUGUGGUGUACAUUCCUGAUCUCAGCGCUGGUUACAAGCCCCAGAUCUCAAAUUUCCUCCCUGGGAGAAACCAUGUUAGCAACACAGAUGAAAUCGAUCCCUCUGCCCCUCAACCAGCAGUGGACUCCUUAGACCUAGGAAAGAAUGCCAGGUUUAAAAAAUAUCCUCAGCUUGCUUUUUCUGUCUCCAGUAUGAAUUCACUAAACAACACACUAAUUCUUGAAGAAUUAAGCCUUAUUCUCAGCCAAGGCGAAUGCAGUCCUCCUGACGCACAGAACUCAGUUGAGGAUGAAAGCACCGUGCUUUUAGAGUGUGAUUCACCCAGGGAAUCGCUCCCAGAACAAACCCUAUUGCCGGAUGAAUUCGUCUCCUGCUUGGGGAUCAUGAAUGAGGAGUUGCCAUCAGUUAACCCUUACUUUCCACAGAGUAUCUUGGAAAGCCACUUCAAUAGGAUUUCACUCUUGAAAAAGUAGAGCUCGUAGCCAAAGUCCAUAUGGGAAAGCUGCCUUGGAUUGGGAGGUUGGAUCUCCCCCUCAAGAGAAAUGUAAUCUGCCUCCAAGAUCCCAAAGUGGAACUUGCUUUGUGGUCACAAAAACAAAAACAAAAACGAAAUCAGCAUUAGUACGGAAACCAACACAUUUUUUAAAAAAUCAAACUACUUCCUCUUCCUAUUUUCCUUCAUUGAAAUGUACAGAGUAGCUCUGCUGUGUCAAGGAAGGAUAAGUAACACAAGAUGUACAGUGGUGAAAUAAAUACCA